UCAACUGUGUUGCUGCCUCGAUGCCGUCCACAUUGCUUUCAUUGCUUUUUGCCCAGUGCAUACUGGGAUAGGCGGCAGUUCAGGGGAGGGUGAAGUAUAUGGACGUGUUAAAUGACUCACGGCGUGACGAAUAAUUUCAGCCUUGCGUAACCCAGACUGUUGGUGGUUUUCCUGCACAUGUCGCUGGACCACAGUUACAUGCUGGUAUGACAAAGAGUGGCUUCAUAUCACGUAGAAGGACAACGAGGAGUCACACAUUUAUUGCGUCAUAUAACUUUCAUCAAAACUACUGCGUGCAGUGAUCGCUCAGAGGGCGAUGACCUGUAUACGUUCUAUUGGACAGAUACCAUGGUUUUGUGUCCUUUGCCGCGCAGCUUUUGCCGUUCAUAAGGUGCAUAUAGCUUUAAUAUCUCUGAGUUGAAACGCUGUCAAUCAGCUGCCCUCCGGUGCCAAUUAAUACACCAGACUGAGCUUUUUUAAAAUAGAACUGGAAGGAUGCAGAUGUCUCAGACCUUUCCUCAUGACAGGAAGCAGAAAGGAGAAGAAAAAAGAGAAAGUCUUCCUGUAAAGUCUGUGUCACCGACCUGCACACACACUCAGACACACACUUGCUUGAAGCAUCGACAGUGUUGUCAGGGUCGGAUCGCAUCUGAACAGGAUCGAGAGGGACCAGAAAUCUCAGUAAGAGCCGAGCUUGGACCUUGAUGGGAGAAACAUUAACAGGAAACACUCAUGGAGAGAAAUGCCACUUCCCCAACCAUGUUCUCCACCAAUCACAGCCACACCAACACCACUUGUUCCCGUGACAAUGUUCUGAAGACGGUGGUGUUUCCCGUCCUCUACUCUUUUCUCUUCCUGCUGGGGCUUUUGCUCAACGCCGUGGCGGUGUGGGUGUUUUUCCGCAUCCCCUCCAAGUCUCACUUCAUCAUAUACCUGAAGAACAUUGUGGUCGCGGAUGUCAUCAUGACCUUCACGUUCCCUUUCAAGGUGUUAGCAGACUCCAACAUGGCCUCCACCGGGCUGCGCAUAUUCGUGUGCCGGGUCUCCUCGGUGCUCUUCUACCUCACCAUGUACAUCAGCAUCCUCUUCUUCGGCCUCAUCAGCAUCGACCGCUGCAGGAAGACCAUCAAGCCCUUCAGGGGGACGAAUGCGGCCCGGCUGGCCCGUCGCAAGCUCCUCUCUGGAGCCAUCUGGACCUUCCUGCUGCUUCUGUGCCUGCCCAACGUGAUCCUGACACGCAAAGCCCCGACCUCCCCAAAGAUCAAGUGCAGCGACCUGAAGACAGAGGCAGGGCUCUACUGGCACGAGGUGGUGAAUCACGUCUGUCAGGUUAUUUUCUGGGGCAACCUGGUGACGGUGAUCGUGUGCUACACGCUGAUCACCAAAGAGCUGUACAGAUCCUACUCCCGCACCAAGGCCCACGUCGGCUCGUGUCGAGCACCGAGCGGCGGAACAGUUCGGAACCCCGGCCAGUCGAAAAGGAAGAUGAGCGCCAACGUGUUCCUGGUUCUGGCGGUGUUCUUUGUCUGCUUCGUGCCGUUUCACUUCGCCCGCGUGCCGUACACCAUGAGCCAGACCCGAGGGGUUCUCUUUGACUGCAAGCUCAAACUCUUCUUCUUUCAGCUGAAGGAGAGCACGCUCUUCCUCUCGUCCUUAAACUCUCUCCUGGACCCUCUCAUCUACUUCUUCCUCUGUAAAUCCUUCAGGAACACUUUGUUCAAGACGCUGCGGCUGACCUCCGGUACCUGUAGCUGGAUCACAGGCGGCGGGUCAGACACGGACACAGGCAGCACCCCCCUGAGAGCCCCCUCUGGAUGUACGUAAAGACCAGCGGACAUGAUAAAGACUUUUCUUAUUUUGGCACAUUGUGUCACCAGAUAUGUGAUUGUAAAUACAGACGACAGACACAGUGAUCUGUUUUCUCAUAUAUGCCAAUAUACAAAGAACAUGUUUAUGUUUUCUGUCAGUGACCACGUAUGAAGACGGAUGCCUGGUUUAUUUAACUGUGUUGGACCUGAAAUAACUGACAGUGGCAUGUUUCUGUCUUUCUGUUCUCCAUUCCAGCUCAUAACAACACGAAGUUCCUCUUCUAUGUUUUCAUAUCUACUAAUCUUUUGAAAAACAAGAAAUGUGAUGCAGUGAUUUACAAACAGAAAAUAAAUCUACCAAAAGCUC